AUGCGGAGGACCCGAAGAAGUCACGGUGCUCUAGAGCUUCAAAUCCCACCCCUUCUCCCUCCUGAACCCCUCUCGCUGAGUCUCUUCGCCACUAUGAGACUCCUAUCCAGCCACGCCGCCCGCAUCCCCGGCCCUUCGGGCUCACUGUGCUUGCUGCUCGCGCUGCUGCUGCUGACGCCGCCAGGGCCCCUCGCCAGCGCGGGUCCUGUCGCGGUCAUAGUGAGAGAGCUGCGUUGCAUGUGCUUAACCACCACACCGGGGAUUCAUCCCAAAAUGGUCAGUAAUCUGAAGGUGAUCGCCCCAGGACCGCAGUGCUCCAAGGUGGAAGUGGUAGCCACCUUGAAGAACAAAAAGGAAGUCUGUCUGGACCCAGAAGCUCCUCUGAUCAAGAAGGUCAUCCAGAAAAUGUUGGACAGUGGAAACAAGAAAAAUUAAGAGAAAGGACUGUGCAUUGGAAAAAUUGCCCAGUUCUUCAGCAGAAGAGUUUUCUGGGGAUCUCUGGACCCAGUGAAGACAAGAAGCAAGGGCUAAUUUUCUCCAGUGAGUUAGGUUUCUGUAUGAAUUCCCCACUAUAAGAGAGAGAUGAGAGGAGGGAAACUAUGUUUGUCCCUGCAGCUUUCUGCUCAGUUUAUGGCGUGUUUAGCGUAGUAUUUCCUGCUCCUUAUUUGCUGUUAUUUUAUCUGCUAUGCUACUGAAAUCUUUGGCAAUUAACUAAAUUGUGAAUCAGGAAUCAUUGGUUGUUAAUCUUUCAAGGUGACUAUUGUAUUUCUACAAUGUAGUUCUUAUAGUGCUAUGGAAAAAGCUGUGUCUUUAAUGUGUGAAUGAUAUUUCAUUAGAAUGCUGUAUACGGAGAUAAACUGUUAUUCUCACCCUUUCAUGAAAUAGGAACUACUUUAGUAUUGUUUCUUGAGGAAUAUGUUAGAGAAUUUUCUUACUCUUGACCCUGGUUAGCUAGUUAAGUUACAUUGCAUUAGAAAUCUGGAUA